CACACACCUUGAAAAAAAAAUAGGCGACAAUUUACCAACAGAAUAUAAAGGUUUAGGUUAUCAAUGAAGAACACGCGUAAACAAAGAUUAACGAAUUGUGUGAAAUAAUGGCGUGUUGCACCUAACGUCGCCUCUAAACCUCGCUUACUAGUAGAAUAUGGAUCAGUGUGCCCACCGUUGUUUGUUGUUGUUCCGUAUGUCCCGUGUGUCGCCGCCAGGUGGUAACAGUGUAACAAAUAGCAGGUAAAAAGCCACUUGAGAACAGUGACGGGUUCACGCUUUGACGAUUAUUUAGCACGACCUUCGUUUGUGAGUCGCCUGCCAAGUGUGACGAAAAUAUCUGGUAAACACAGCGUUUGUACGUGAUAACAAACAUUACACAGCUGACGACUUUCGGUGACCUUCAGCAGCAUGGCUGGGAUACUGGGCGUGAGCGGGCAUAUGCUGGUAAAGGCGGGGACGAGACAAGGACGUCCUCUGAUGCGAAGCUUUACUUCUAAUUAUCCGAAGCCCUACAACGUCCCAGAUGGCCCCUGGGGAUUGAAUAGGGCAGCACGACUGGAGCUGGCGGCAGCGUAUAGAGGCCUUGAUCACUUGGGACUAAACGAGGGCAUCAACAACCACCUCAGUGUGAUGGCGCCUCGUGCGAACGGCAACGGGGAGGUGAUGCUUGUUUUCCCGGAGGGCCUACACUGGCGUGAGGUGACUGCGAGCAACUUGGUUGGGCUGGACAGAGAGGCGAAGACCGUGGAAGGAGAAGGGGCGCCUGAAACCACCGCCUCAUGCAUCCACCUCUCCAUCCACAAGAAGCGACCCGGGACCCAGGUUGUCAUGCACACCCAUCAGCCGUACAUCACAGCUCUUGCGAGCCUUGAAGACUUUGAACUACGCCUGGUGCAUCAAAAUUCUCUAAGAUUCUGGAACAGGGUGGCUUAUGACCCCAACUAUCAGGGUGUGGCGUAUUCUUUCGAGGAGGGAGAGCGAAUGGCUAAAAUAUUAGGGGACAAGGAUGUUUUAUUGUUGGCUAACCACGGCGUGCUUACCGUGGCUCCCACCAUCUCUAUGGCCUUCGACAAUCUCUACUACCUGGAGCGAGCCGCCAUGGUGCAGAUGUUAGCCAUGGCGACUCAGCGCAAACUGAGGGAGGUGCCCGAAGAGGUGGUCAGCGCAAUGCAUCCACAAUACAUGCAACUGGCACAAAAUUACGCAGACACCUACUUCUAUGCCAUAUACAGGCUGCUGCAGAAAUCGCAGCCGGAUUUCGAGAAGUAGCCACCUGCACAACACACUUGGCGACCUCCAGUAUUGGACGAGGCUAAACAAGGUGACUGUCAACGAGAACAAGACAGUCCUCAUGCACAUCACCACCUUCACAACAGCCGCACCUCCACCUGUAGUCUCCAUCGGUACUCCGCUCCAGGUGGUGGAGACAACCAAGCUUCUCUGUGUCACCAUUGACAACCGCUUGACGUGGAAGGAGCAUGUCAGCCGCACCAUCGCUUCAGCCUCCUUUCAACUCUACCUUCUGAUACAGAUUAAAUCACUGGGGACUCCCACAGCUCACUUACGCCUCCCCAGCCUGGUUUCCAUCCCUCAACACCACCCAGCGCCGCCAGCUUGAGAAGGUGCAAAAGCGUGCGUGUAGGCUUAUCUUGGGCCCGUCUUACUCCACCUAUGACGAGGCCCUUGACGCCCUACACCUGCCCACACUUCAAGACCACUACCAGCACCUCCUCCAAAAGUUUGCGGUACAACUGUUAAAUCACCCGCGCCACCGUGACCUGCUACCAGACACUGCGCCUCCCUCUCGCCAUGCCGUCAAACACAGAAACCUACUGAUACCUAUCCGUGGAAGGACGGAAAGGUACAGCAAGAGCCCCAUCCUUACCAUUGUAAAUUUAAUAAACAACAAAUAACCAUAAGAGCGAUUUAUAUGCACAUUCAUAUUAGAUUCAUUUAUGUUGUACAAUUUAAGUUCAUAUUUAUUUUAUGUACAUCUAUAUAUCCAUGUUAACAUAUAAAUGUUUAGCCUCUGGCUGCACACCCUAUGAAUAAACCGUUUAUUAUUAUUAUUAUUAUUAUUAUUAUUAUUAUUAUUAUUAUUAUUAUUAUUAUUAUUAUUAUUAUUAUUAUUAUUAUUAUUAUUAUUAUUAUUAUUAUUAUUAUUAUUACGUAUAUAUAAUUAUUUUUAUUCGAUUAUCUAUGGGAAAUUCUUCAUGUGCUUGUGGCAAGAGAAUCUC